CGCCGUUUCGCUUUCCAGCCCGGCGCGGACCGGCGGGGCGGAGGAUGGCGGAGGCCUCUUCGGCAGCCGCGGCGGCCGCCGUCUCCCAGCACCGCUUCUUCUGCCACAGCUGCAAGGGGGAGGUCAGCCCCAAGCUGCCGGAAUACACAUGUCCCCGAUGUGAGUCCGGCUUUAUUGAAGAAGUGACAGAUGAUUCCAGCUUUUUAGAAGGCAGUGGCAGCGGGACAGAUGAAAGUCCUUCCACCCCAUUUGCAGAGUUCUGGGACCAGCUGGAUCGUUCAAUGGUCUUUCCAUUCCUGAGCAGCUCUCUGGACCACAAUGGCAGAGACAACGAGAGGGGCCACCAAGCCCACGCAGACCUUUGGGGACCAAGCCGGCCCCCCCGACUGCCCAUGGCCCGGAGGUAUCGGCCCCGCCUCAGCACACGGCCAGAUCGGUCGCCUGCCAUCGAAGGAAUAAUACAGCAGAUCUUUGCUGGAUUCUUUGCAAAUUCAGCAGUUCCUGGAUCACCUCCGCCAUCUUUCUCCUGGGGAGGCAUGCAGGGGAGGCUGCACUCUAGCUUUGGGGACUACGCGUGGGACCAGAGUGGCCUCGAUGCUGUCUUGACCCAGCUUAUGGGACACCUGGAAAAUACAGGGCCUCCCCCAGCUGAGAAGGAGAAAAUUUCUUCCCUCCCAACAGUGACUGUCACUCAGGAACAAGUGGAUAUGGGUUUGGAGUGUCCCGUGUGCAAAGACGACUACACUGUGGCGGAGCAGGUCCGGCAACUCCCGUGCAAUCACUAUUUCCACAGCAGCUGCAUUGUGCCAUGGCUGGAACUGCACGACACGUGUCCCGUGUGCCGGAAGAGUUUGAACGGGGAGGACUCCGCUCAGCAAGCCCCGAACACGGAGGCCUCCGCCAGCAGUUCCUUUAGCAGCCCCAGCCACCUGCACGACCGAUGGACUUUCUGAAGCCCCCCGGGCCCGUGGAGAGCGAGAAGGGCAGCUGAUGCCUGUAAUGUUCUUGACUACAGCUGUAAAUUGUAUGAUAACUCAACUACAAGAGCCAGUGGCAAGAGGAGAGGAGCGGGCACCCCUGGCACAGUCGCAUCCCCAUCGAAGCCUGGCCACUCUCCCGAGCAGCAGUCACCGAGGAACCGUCCCUUUAGCCUUCCUGUCUGGAGCGGCCAGACUAGCGCUCGCCGGGUGGGAGUGCUGCGUGUCAAAGCUUGUGGACCUUUUGCUCCGACAGCAGGAGAGGCCUCCAUCUUCACGGAUUGCGGGAAGGGAGGCCUGCUGUCCACAGCCCCCUUUCUGGAGGGGGACAGGAAGGAGGGAGCCUGAAACGGGCCGGGAAUUGGCCUGCGGGAGGGGCGGGGGAGUGUGCGGACGGGGCGCCUUGCAAUGCCUCCAACGCGGCGUGGGUUGAAGCGGCUGGUGGUGUUUCCUUUGCGCUUGGUUGAGGGGUCUUGGGCUCAGAAGGGCAGAGGGAGGGGGUGGGAGAGGAAAGCCCCCCCCCCCGGUUUCUGUGGAAAGGCGGGUUUUCCUUUGACUGGCCGCCUCCGCUUGAGCUCAAAUGCCCGUCCGCCUGCUACUCAAGGCCCGGUUUGCUCCCUGCUACCAAAUGGACUACACCGAUCUUUCGAAGCAGACACAGUUUUGCCAGGCGUUCCUCCGUAUUCAAAUGAGAAUACCGUUGUCUAAAUCUCAGAAAGAGCUGCUUGUCUCUUUUUCCUUCUCUUCAACUCUCCUACUAAGAAUCACCACUCUUUUGUCCUCGGCUUCUAAACCUCUUGAUCAUGUCUGAACUUCCACAACACCCACCAGCCCUGAAAAAGCCUCUCAUUUAAAAGCCGGAUCAGUGUCUCGCCUUUGAGGGUAGGAAAGCGGGGGCAGGCGGGCAAGUUGGCCGCGUCAUGUUGCCAAGAGAGAAAAGGAAAAAAAGACACACAAGGGGAAAAAACCGUUGGCAGCUUCAUAGCGGUAACUGUGUGCCUGGCAGUUGAUUUCAAACUUAGCGCCUUUUGUUUGCUGUCAAAGAGUUGAAUAAAGCCUUUAAUAAGAAACCAAA